UUUUCCCUCAGAUCUCAUCUCAUCUCACUGAUACCCCCUCUCUUCUUCCUUCCCCCCAGUUGGAUUUAGCAUUCUUCCUCCGUCACCCUUAUACUCUCUUUCUUCAUUUCUUCUCUCCCUGCUUUAAUCUAAUCACAUCCUUCACAAUGGGCUCCGUCGCAAACCUCCCCAAGUCCGGCACUUUCCUCUUCACCUCCGAGUCCGUCGGAGAGGGCCAUCCCGAUAAGAUUGCUGACCAGGUCUCCGAUGCCAUCCUCGAUGCUUGUCUUGCUGAGGAUCCCCUCUCUAAGGUCGCUUGUGAGACCGCCACCAAGACUGGUAUGAUCAUGGUCUUCGGUGAAAUCACUACCAAAGCGCAGCUCGACUACCAGAAGAUCAUUCGUGGUGCCAUCAAGGAUAUCGGCUAUGAUGCCUCCGAGAAGGGCUUCGACUACAAGACCUGUAACGUCUUGGUUGCCAUUGAGCAGCAAUCCCCUGAUAUCGCCCAGGGUCUUCACUACGAUGAGGCCCUUGAGAAGCUCGGUGCCGGUGACCAGGGUAUCAUGUUCGGUUAUGCCACCGACGAGACUCCUGAGCUCCUGCCCUUGACCGUCAUCCUUUCCCACAAGCUGAACAAGGCCAUGACUGAUGCCCGUAAAGACGGCUCCAUCGCCUGGCUCCGCCCUGACACCAAGACCCAGGUCACCGUCGAGUACGCUCACGACAACGGAGGUGUCAAGCCCGUGCGUGUGGACACCGUUGUCGUCUCUGCCCAGCACAGCGAUGAUGUCUCUACUGAGGAGCUUCGUGCUGUUAUUAAGGAGAAGAUCAUUAAGAAGGUCAUCCCUGCUGAACUCCUCGACGACCGUACUAUAUAUCAUAUCCAGCCCUCUGGCCGCUUCGUCAUCGGUGGUCCUCAGGGUGACGCCGGUCUGACCGGCCGUAAGAUCAUCGUCGACACCUACGGUGGUUGGGGUGCUCACGGUGGUGGUGCUUUCUCCGGAAAGGAUUACUCCAAGGUCGAUCGUUCCGCCGCCUAUGUUGCCCGUUGGGUCGCCAAGUCCCUGGUCAACGCUGGUCUGGCCCGUCGUGCCCUUGUUCAGCUCUCUUACGCCAUUGGUGUUGCUGAGCCUCUGUCUGUCUUCGUUGAGACCUACGGUACUUCCGAGAAGUCUUCCGAUGAGCUCGUCCAGAUCAUCCGCAACAACUUUGACCUCCGUCCCGGUGUCAUCGUCAAGGAGCUCGAUCUGGCCAGGCCCAUUUACUUCCAGACCGCCAAGAAUGGCCACUUCACAAACCAGGAGUUCCCCUGGGAGCAGCCUAAGGCCCUCAAGCUCUAAGAGCGUCGCUGUGACUGCAUAAUUCUCGUUCUCCUGUUUUGUUACGAAUGUGAUGAUUUUGCUUUGUUUUCAACAACUCAAAGCAUGAGCAUAGACACGUCAGAAAAGCUUUGUUCCAUAUUUUCUUUAUAAUUUUGCAUGGUCGUCUUUAAAGGACGGGUUCGGCGGGAUAAAUUCAACAUGAUACCACUUUCAUCUGUUGGGAGGGAUGUUACGGCGUUAUCUGGGAGCGAGAGUCUUCAACACACUGCCUCCUCAGGCUUGGCAUCUGUGGACAACUAGGGUUAUCGAACACUAGGUCUGCAUAGAAGUUUGUGGAUGCUUGUCACAAGCUGUGCUUCGUACAAGUAUCCAAGAGGAGAUGAUCUAUGAUUGACGGGAUUUCCCCAGUCAUAGACUUGCUAAUCUAAACAUUAGCAUUAUAGAGUAAUGAACAAUGAAAUACAAUAUUCAUACGAA